AUGUCUCUAAAAUUCGAUUGUAGUCGCGUUAGAAAAACAAAUUUGAUAGUCAUCUUCUGUACCUUAAUUUUAGUAUGUUUUAAAUUUUGUCUUUCCUAUGAAGAACGGAAAGGCUCAUGUGGAAACGUGGUUGUACAGAGAGGUCGAAACAAGCCAGGAUUCCACAGGUAAAUUUGUGCUUACUGAUUUAUACUUUAUCUGCUCAAACUGUGAACUAUGCAUGCCUCCUACUGUCUCUGCUGCUUACAUACUCGAAGUGAUCUUUCCAAGAAAGGUUCUCAUCUAAAACAACACCUAAAUAGCUAAAUUUAGCUACUCUUUCUUAAGUCAUAACUGUUAUACAAGAAUUUGGUGAUUUGGCAAGAUUCUUAAUAAUAGCUUCAAUUGGCCCCCAGGUAUCAUCAACUAUCACUGACUAUCGCAUGCUUUGAAUAUGUUUAAGUAUCUCAUGAUAGUUGUUAAAAAUGUUUCCCUUACGGCUGCGAUAAGAUGUUUAAUUUAGUUUAUCAGUCAGCUGUUUCAUGUUUUACCCAAUGGGCUUGGCAUGACCUUUUGCACACAAAAUGGCAGAAAAGAAAGAUGGAGCAGUGUUGUUAAGUGCAGAGGGAAUAUUAAGCAAGUCAGGUAAUGAGACACGUCAAAUUGCUUAAAAAGACAGGAAUACAGAAAUGUGGAGCUAAAAACAAAUUAAAUAAAUAUCAAAAAUAAUCAUUAUCCUCCCCAGAAAUUCAACAAAGUUGACGAGAAAAACAGCUCUCCUAUAUUUUCUACAAAAAAGCCAUGAUCAAGCUGAGUUUAGGCUAUUUGACCAACGUGACCCUAAGUGGAUAUUAUGACAUCUGUUAACAUUUUCCUAGAUGUGAAGCUUGGGGACGGGGAUUAGAGCUCCCAAGAGCAAACAAGGAAUUUCUGGUUCUGACUGUCGUGAACUCUUCUACUCUAUAUCUUGAUCCAAUUAAUAGCAAUUCAUAGUAAAUGAUAGUUGAAACUAUCAUUGGCUUUCCUGAACUAUAUAACAUGAUGUUUGUUCCCUGCAUUAGAGACCUUACUACCUAUGUGGAGUGGACAGUUUCAGGCAGCAGUCAUUCUGAUCUUCAGGAUUGCCAGCUGUUGUUAGUGGAAUACUUUCCAAGUGGUGUGUAUGUGGAUCCAGAUCAGAUCAAGAAUGAAGAGGAGUUUGGUGGUCCUGAGGUCAGAACUAGCUCAAAAAAUUUCUAAAAACUAAUGAAAAUUACUAUUAAAAAUCAUUUAUCAGUUAUUAAUAAUCUAACUUUUUUUAAUUUGUAAGCCUGUGUUUUCAUUUUCUACUGGUGUUGGGGUCAUGGUGAGGUUACUUGUUAUAUAAUGGUAAUUGAACUGAGUGGAGUGCAAUUUGGUCUGAAAUCAUACGCGUGAUUUCAAAAUCGAACAAGCGCGCAGCACGAGUUCGAUUUGAAAUCAUGAGUUCAAAGAGUUCAGAGUUCAAAGUUCAAUUACCACUUUAUUACUUCCAUUUUCAAAUCGCAGAAUUUAGUCAGUACUAAUAUUUCAUUGAUCAAGUAGCCGGUUGUUAAAAAGCCGAAACAAAAAAGGCUUUUACAUCUCAUUUUGUAUUCCAAACAGAAAUGAUGUGAUAUAGAACGAAAAUGGUGCGAUUUAAAACAGAAAUGAUGCGAUUUAGAACAUGAAUGACACGAUUUGGAACAGAUGUGAUAUAGAGCAAAAAAUGGUGUGAUUUAGGAAUAAAUCACACCGCUGAGAGCUAAUCAGAUUGCACGGAUAGCCAGUGAUUUCCAAGUGGAUGUAAUAUAAUAAUCAUAAUAAAUUAUUUUUCAGGUUUUAAUCACAGAGGCUAUAAAUACUGAGGUAAUGGCACAUCAUUCCUCUCCACACAAGGUCUUUUUAUUUCCUAAAGCAGACGUAGUAAACUCAAGGUAGGUCAUGAGUUGACUCACUGGCUACUGAUUGCCGUAUGUCCUUGAGCCAUAAUCUCCAGUUUCUUUAUGAAUGUUUGAAUUAAAGGGUGGGCGAGUUGGGGUGGCAGUGAAAUCUUGCACUCUCAGAUUGUUUUAUCCUUAUAAAUCUUAGUAAAGCCCAAUAUCCCUAUCUUUGUUAUAGCAAAUGAAAAAAUAUUGUGGUGCAAAAUUACCUAGGUUAAAAAAUUGUACAUAGUGAAAAAUUAAAUUUACCUAAGAAAAAAAAUUACCUGCAACAUAUAUAUUUUCCUUAGUUAAUCUUAGCAAGUCGAAUGUAUCUUAUUUUUUAGAAAUUAAUUUCUUCAACCCUUAUAUAUUUUCUUUAAUAACUCAAAUGUUUUUUAUUUUUAGAAUUACAAUUAUUGUAAAGCGCCAUUGAGCUCACAGAAAUGGCGGUAUAUAAAUUCUUGCAUUAUUAUGAUUAUUAUUGUUAGAAAAUCUAGGGUAGAAUAGUUUUUAUUCUAAAUGUAAAGAAGCUCCUCACAGUGAAAGACACAAGCAGGACCCCUCAGAGGGAGGGGCUGGGGGGCCAGGUUCCUUCCCCCCCAUUUUUAAAAGACAAUAAAACAAUGAAGUAAUAGACAAAAAGUAUUUUUGCUGGAAUAAGAAUAUCCAGAAAUAUACAGAGGACAUCAAUAGUUAUCAUUGUUUUCAUUUUUUGUGCACAGACUGGGAUCCAUUUAUGUGAAUGUUAGCAUACCAAUUCAUCUGAGGUACCACAAAGCUGCUAAAAAAGAAAAAUUUGUCCCUGUUUCACUGUCCCCUCCAUCAAUUCUUGGAAAAUGUAAUCAUGGUAAGUGUAUUAUUAUAAAAAUGAAUCUAAAAAGUUGCUUUCUAUGAAGUGAAGAACGUAUGACUGUACAAUGUGUGCCUGAAGAAUGCAUUCUGAGAACAGCCUGGAGAAUUUUCAUAUUUUGGAUAUUGGGCUUAAAGGGUAAAGUAACACAAAUCUGGGUUGGAACUUAACCUUUCAACUUUGAAGAGACCUCACUACUUUCAUUAUAAUUCCAGUGAUUUUAUUUCUGCAUUCUGUACUACAGGAAUGGACAAUUUUGCAACACGGUGUCCAAGUGAAAUGAUCAAGGCUCCUUGUAGUGCAAGAAAAUCAUCCAGAUACUGUGACUGGAUCACACUUACUCAAGUUAAUGAG